AUUCAAACUUUCUGUUACAUAAAUAUUAAACAAGAAUUAUUAGAAUAUAAUUUAAGAGAUAAUGUAAAUAGAACAACUAUUAAUGCUAGCCAGUUAGAAUUUACUAUCAAAAAUUUUUUUAAUUCAUUUAGUUCAAUUUUUGAAUCUUGCAACAUGCAACUAGAAGAAAUUAAUGAUAAUAAAAUAUUAAUUAAGGAAAUUGUUGAUAUUUCAAACCCAGCUUUUAUUAGAAAUAAUAAUUUAUUUAUUAAAAAUCAAGGCAAAAU